AAAAUUUCUUCCAAAAUUGAUGAACAUUUUGGCCUGGUGGCAUUUUAGAGAUUUCAUCGAAAUUCGAACGCAAUUCAAAAUGUGCAGUCGAACACGUUGGGGCCGCAUCGAUCCCACCGUACAGGUGGACCUGGUGCAAGGACCUGCGCACCGUGUACUUCAGCUGGAUAAGAGAACGCUGCCGCGAUUCGUGCAACAGCAGUUGCUGUUGAUGGCAUCGCCGUCGCCGUUUCUUAAUUUCUUGAACAAGUUUCGUCUGGACAAGAUACUGAUUAAUCAUGAAUUCAAGGGCGUUUACACGAUGCGCACAUCGGCGACUGUCACCGAGCUGGCGGCGCACGCCUGGCGCAUCAUGAGCAUCUCGGAUCGACAGCCGUACAUUCGGCUGGCCCGCAAGGCACAGCAGAUACAGCGGUCGCGGAUGCUGCACUUCUUCUGCCGUGACGCCACUUGAAUCCAUUCUCUAUCUCUCUCUUCACUCGACACGCUCCAUGUUCCAUUUGAUUGCCUUCCCCUCUUUUGUAUGAAUCCAAAGAUAAUGCUUUAACUAAAAAC